GUAAAACAUGCAAUUAUAAUUGUGGCACAUAUAUGCUUACAUUUAUGUAUGUAUAUGCAUACUUUAUGUAAUUGAUGGGAAAACACCCUUGCAUUUACUUUGAGCAGGCCUAAAUAUAGUUCUCAGACUUUCAUUUGUAACUAGCAUUGCUUACAGGAAUGAAGGUAAGUAAUUUUUAGUUAUGUUCCUGAAAUGCGCCUCUCAUAAUAUUUAGCACCAGUUCAGCAGCACUUUUCCACACUAAAUAAAAAGUCAUGCAAUAUAGCUCAUUCCUCUGGCUGCGUAAUUUGCUUAAAGUUCAGCGUGCUUUCUCUGCCCCAGCUAGCUAAGCAUAAUUAUGAAUGACGCUAUAAAAUGAGAAUAUGAAUUCAAUGAAGGAAUAAACUGGUCCACACUGAGAAUUAAGGUUUCUGAACUUGUCUAAAGAACAUGCUUUUUGAAGUGCUCAUUGUUGACUCACACUGAGUAAAAGUGGGUUUGUAUAUUUAUCAUAAACUUGUGCUUGCCAACGCAAGUUGUCUGAAGGGCUGUCAGACAGCACGGGGAAGUUGCUGUUUGUCCCCUACCUCUUGUAUUCUCCUCUGCACCCUUUCCAAAGUCCCAAGACUUUCCCUUCCUUUAUCAUCAAAUUGUCAUGAAUUGAAUUAGCUGACUAGUCCUAAAGGUUUAAUUCAAAACUAAGGCUGCUAGAAUAAUGAAGUGUUUUAACAAAGAAGCCAAAUAGUAAUGUUUCACUGUCUUUACAGUAUGGAGAAGAGUGCAGGAGUAAAACAUACCCUCCUUCGGGACCGACGUUCAAAGGGAACAUACCCACAUAUGUCAUAAAUCUUGAUUUACCUCCCAGCAAAAGAUGGGAUAACUUGAUGAACGACAAAAAGACAGAGCUGAAGACUGUGGUCCAGAAUAUUAAGGAUAUAGCAAAUACCUUCUUCCCCAGCGGCAAAGUUGUUGACAUAGUGGAUAACAAAAUAGCUCAUCUGACCACCACGCUUCCUUAUCCUUUCAAUGAAGAACUCCAGGGGAUUGCAAAUUCAUCUGGGAUUCCUUUGGGGGAAAUUGUUAUUUUUAACAUCUUCUAUGAAAUUUUUACUGUAUGUACAUCAAUAGUGGCGGAAGAUAAAACAGGGAAGCUGUACCAUGCCAGAAACUUGGAUUUUGGACUCUUUCUCGGGUGGGAUGUUAAAAAUAAUUCCUGGACUGUAACUCAGGAACUGAAGCAUAUAGUGGUAAACUUGGACUUCCAGAGAAACAACAAAACAGUGUUCAAGUCUACAAAUUUUGCAGGAUACAUAGGCAUGGUGUCUGGAGUCAAACCAGACUUGUUCACUCUGACAAUGAAUGAGCGUUUCAGUCUUGACGGUGGUUAUGUUGGAAUCUUCGAAUGGUUUCUUGGUAGAAGAGAUGGCAUGUGGAUGGGCUUUCUUACAAGAACAGUAUUAGAGAAUGCUACAAGCUACCAGGAUGCAAAAGACAAACUGGCAAAAACAAGACUGCUGGCUCCAGCUUACUUUAUACUGGGUGGAAAAAAUUCCGGAGAAGGCUGUGUGAUAACUCGUUCCAGGACAGCUACUCUGGAUAUCUGGGACCUUGAUAUCAAGAAAGGCACAUGGUACGUGUUAGAGACAAACUACGAUCGGUGGAAGCCUCCACUAGUCUUGGAUAAUCGUAGAACGCCUGCAAUGAAAUGCCUGAACCAGACAACGCAACAGAACAUCUCCUUACCAACAAUUUAUGAUGUUCUCUCCACAAAGCCUGUCCUCAAUAAGCUGACAGUGUGCACAACGCUGAUGGAGGUGGCUAAUGGUCAUACAGAGACUUACCUGCGGGAAUGCCCAGAUCCCUGUAGUCCUUGGUAGUCCUGUACCUCUCCUAUGUUGGAAGCUGCUUGUCUGAAUUGGAGGUCCUCCAAGAAAAAAUACUUCUGGAAAAAGAUUCCUCAGCCUAACUCCUUUCUUCAGAAAUCUAAUGGCUAUAUAGAAACGUCAAUGAGCUACUAACAAUGGAGGACCCUAUCGCACACUGGACUUUCUUGCUUUCUGAUCAGCAGUUCUGCUGACGAGAAAUGUAUACUGAUGUACGUCGGGUUUGAUUUCAGCCAUUUCUACCAAAUGAGUUCAGCAGUUAGCUCUAGAUCUCUUCAGUGUCGACAGUAUUCUUGGUUUGGUUUGGGGGUUUGCUAUUUUUUGUUGUUUGAUUGGGGGGUUUGGGGGUUUUUUUUAAUUAAAAUACUUCUAAAGUGCACACAAGUUAAAAUGGCACCUACCAAGCAUGAGAAAGAAUUGGGUAUUAGGAGGCCGGCAGGGACAGUACAGUUUUGUUUUAGUUUCCUUACCACUUAAGAUGAAUUGCUAGUGUUCUGAUCCACUAUGAUGCCACUAUGAUGUCUAAGAUGCCCUGUUAGAAAAUAACCUACCAAGUGUCAGAUCUAGUCACAGAAAUCAGGUCUUGUGGAAAUGUCAGAAAUGAGAUUGGAGCCAAAAAAUGUCUGCUCACUGAUUUAUAGAUCUUUUGCUGAAGCUCUUUCCUGGCACGUUAACAAAUUUUUUUUCAUACAGAUUUUUCUGUGGUCUCAAAAAAAUAAAUACUAAUACAAUAAAUAUUCCUAAGAACUACUUUCUUUGACCAAAGUACACCUGCACUGCUUUUACACCUCAGUGGAAGUCGCCAUGCAUGUUGCAUACCACAUGGAAGUGAAUGCCCUUUCUGCCAAACAGACUGAUUUUAACAGUGUCUGAAAACCCAAUUCCUUUCCUAAACUGACCACUAAAGCUAUUACCGAAACGGGAAGUAGCCAGCUACUAAUAGCGCUUGGGUUGUGUGGGGGGAUUUUGGCUGGGUGGUUGGUUUUUGGAAAGGUGGGGGAAGGAAGCCAAGUCAGACUACACCAUUGGCCAGAAUUCAAAUUAAGAAAGUGAAGGUCCUUUAGCAAGAGAGAAGUACAGGCGCCCUAAUAUCCCAGGAAGCAGGAAAAUGUAGAAGGAAGUGGUUUUAUCUAUGUCAGUGGCUACGUGGCUGGGACUGGUUUCCGGUGCCAACUCUUUGUGUUUUAUAACACGCAAAGAGAAGACACUGGACAGUACGCUGGCAGGCUCGUCUGUGUGGCAGUGCACUUGGAAUCUUUUCUUAACUACCCUAGGAAGGAGGUGCUAUUCCUAUUCCCAUUGAGCCAUGAAUUUGAAAUUGCCACCGGUGUACGCAAAGCGUUGGCUUCUCUUCGGUGUCUGCGGAGGCAGCAUUGCAUAAGGCAUUCUAACGAAAACCUGCAAGUUCGUGACAUCCAGGCACAAUGGGAUUCUUGAUAGCCAGGACAUACGGGACGGUAUUAGUGCAGUGCAGAAUGAGGGUACAACAGUUUUCUGUUCCAAACAGUAAGGGCUACUAAUAAGUACUAAUAAGAAAAAUACUUCUUUUUUAAUAAUUGCAAAUUUAACACUAAGGAGUCUACAGAAGGGGCAACAAGUUGUUGCCCGUAAAGCUGAGAUGCAAAGUCAACUUUCAUCCAAGUACGACUGGCUAAGUUUUUUUUAGUAUUGCCUCCUUUUCUAAAAGAAAUAUUAAAAGAUUACUUCUAAUCAUCCCUUGUUUCAGUAUCUAGGUUACCAGCUUACAGCAAACUGUAACAGCUCUCCCUCCAUCAACACUGAAAGAAGCAGGGACAAAAGGGAUGCUAUUUGCCAAAUAAUUUUAGCAGCUGAUAGAGAAACAUGGCUUCUGGUUGAAAAAAAAAAUGUAUUCUAGGCCUUAGAACAAUGCCUGUAGUAGCACAGCAAGAAACAAUUCGGAGGGGUGUAAAGCACCAAUGCACUGAGAGCAGGCAGAAAUCAGCAUCCCACUGUUUAAACUGAAGUUAAAAAAAGGACUAGUCUAGUUGUACAGCUAAUUUUUUUUUAACUGAGGUACACACGCAGAAGCAUGUUAGCAUGACUGUAGUACCAGCGUCCAUCUUUAACCUGUCAUGAAUAUCGAACCUAUGUAAACCAAAAUCAACAUAGGAGCAUGGUUUAGAUAAGGGAAGAAUGCACGUAUAGUGUGAAAUGCAGCUUCUGGGACAUUUGAUUCCUGUAAAGCGGUUAAACCAAGUUGAAUGUUACAAUCUGUGCCAUGAAGGGCACAUCAUAUCCUGCUGAGUUUGCACCUUAAUCUGGUAGGGGGGUGUUCCAGGUGUAUUUGGAAUGAGUUGCAUAACAGCCAUAAUCAAAUUCCUUUGUCAUUUAAAAAUAAGUAGUAAGUUUACUUGCUUAGUUAAUCCUGUCCCACUUCAGCAGAUGUGGAGCAAGGCAGUGUAGACUAUUUACAGUAGACUAUUUACAGUCAUUAACUAAUGAGCUUUUGGUAUGUCCCUUGUGCAAGACAAUCCACAUUUCCACACUGGAAAUUGCCUUACAAUUGCAAAAGCACAGCUAAAUCCCAUGGAUGUCUGUCCCGAGCCUGAAUGCCUGUGCCUGCUAUUGACUAAA